UUGCCUUUGAGAGACUCUCUGAAGCUCAACUGCCUCCUGCCGCACUUCUGGUUCAGAGGCUGCUUCCCCUGGUUGUGCUGAGGGGUGAUGCUUACAACGCAUCACUUUUCAAGAAUUGGAUCAUGAACAACUUCAUCCUACUAGAAGAACAGCUCAUCAAGAAAUCCCAACAGAAGAGAAGAACUUCUCCUUCCAAUUUUAAAGUCCGCUUCUUUGUUUUGACCAAAGCCAGCCUGGCAUACUUCGAGGAUCGGCAUGGGAAAAAGCGCACCCUGAAGGGCUCCAUUGAACUCUCCCGAAUCAAAUGUGUCGAGAUUGUGAAAAGCGACAUCAGUAUCCCAUGCCACUACAAAUACCCAUUCCAGGUUGUGCAUGACAACUACCUCUUGUACGUGUUUGCUCCGGAUCGCGAGAGUCGGCAGCGCUGGGUGCUGGCCCUUAAGGAAGAAACAAGGAAUAAUAACAGCCUGCUGUCCAAGUAUCACCCUAACUUCUGGAUGGAUGGGAAGUGGAGGUGCUGUUCUCAGAUGGAGAGGCUUGCGACGGGCUGUGCCCACUACGAUCCGACCAAGCACGCUUCAAAAAAGCCUCUUCCUCCUACUCCUGAAGACAACAGGCGAUCACUUCAGGAACCAGAAGAGGUCCUGGUGAUUGCCUUGUAUGACUACCAAACCCGCGAUCCUCAGGAGUUGGCCCUGCAGCGCAAUGAAGAGUACUACCUGCUGGACAGUUCUGAGAUUCACUGGUGGAGAGUUCAAGACAAGAAUGGGCAUGAAGGAUAUGUACCAAGCAGUUAUCUGGUAGAGAAAUCUCCAAAUAACCUGGAAACCUAUGAGUGGUAUAAUAAGAGCAUCAGUCGAGACAAAGCUGAAAAACUUCUUUUGGACUCUGGCAAAGAAGGAGCCUUCAUGGUCCGAGAUUCUAGGACUCCAGGAACAUACACUGUCUCUGUUUUCACCAAGGCUAUUGUCAGUGAGAACAGCCCCUGUAUAAAGCAUUAUCACAUCAAAGAAACGAAUGACAACCCCAAGCGAUACUAUGUGGCCGAGAAGUACGUGUUUGACUCCAUCCCCCUCCUCAUCAAUUAUCACCAGCACAAUGGAGGAGGCCUGGUCACUCGACUCCGGUAUCCAGUUUGUUCCUGGCGGCAGAAAGCCCCGGUAACUGCAGGGCUAAGAUACGGGAAAUGGGUCAUCCAUCCCUCAGAGCUCACUUUCGUGCAGGAGAUUGGCAGUGGGCAGUUUGGCUUGGUACACCUUGGCUACUGGCUCAACAAGGACAAGGUGGCUAUCAAAACCAUCCAGGAGGGCGCUAUGUCUGAAGAGGACUUCAUAGAGGAGGCUGAAGUCAUGAUGAAGCUCUCUCACCCCAAGCUGGUCCAGCUGUACGGUGUGUGUCUGGAGCAGGCCCCCAUCUGCCUAGUGUUUGAGUUCAUGGAGCAUGGCUGCCUGUCAGAUUACCUGCGCAACCAGCGGGGGCUCUUUGCAGCAGAGACCCUGCUGGGCAUGUGCCUGGACGUGUGCGAGGGCAUGGCCUACCUGGAAAAAGCAUGUGUCAUCCACAGAGAUCUGGCUGCACGGAACUGCUUGGUGGGAGAAAACCACGUCAUCAAGGUUUCCGACUUUGGAAUGACAAGGUUUGUCCUCGAUGAUCAGUACACCAGCUCCACGGGCACCAAGUUCCCUGUGAAGUGGGCGUCCCCGGAAGUGUUCUCCUUCAGUCGCUACAGCAGCAAAUCCGAUGUGUGGUCUUUCGGAGUGCUGAUGUGGGAAGUCUUCAGCGAAGGCAAAAUCCCAUAUGAGAACCGCAGCAACUCAGAGGUGGUGGAGGACAUCAGCACUGGGUUCCGGCUGUAUAAGCCCCGACUGGCCUCAGCUCACGUCUACCAGGUCAUGAAUCUGUGCUGGAAGGAGAAACCAGAGGACCGGCCACCCUUCUCCAGACUAUUUGGACAACUGGCUGAAAUCGCAGAAUCAGGACUUUAGUAGAGACUCUCUGCCGGGCCAGGGACUGGAUAUCCUGAGUGUGGGGAGACAUCCUCCUUCCACAGAGCAUUAAGAGCUGUCAGCGCCAGCCCAGGACUCCCCAGAGGCAGCCUGGCCUGUGGUCCCCACACCUCAGCUGCCCUACACAGCCUCCUGACAGAGGCCACGCAGCUGAGGCCAGGCCAGCAGCGCAGUGAGGUCUCCGCGCCCUGCCAGCCUCCUGGCGCAAGAGCCCAGACUCCCACCCAACAGCACUCGGGAACAUUUCUUAUGCUCUUUAGCUAUAGGGAGAGGCAGAUGAGGACCACAGCUUCUUAUUUUUAUUAUUAUUUUAAACCUAGAUAUGAUGCUUAUGAAUCAAGGGAAUUUUUAUUUAACCCAGUGAAGUAUCCCAGUAUAUGAGCAUGGUCCUUCAAAGGAAACCAGCGAGUUAAGACCAGGGACAGUGUUCUGUCGCCAUCAUUUUGUCAGCCAUAGCUUUCUGCCACUGAGGAGCCAGGGCAGCUUCUCACACCAAAGGCUGGCGAUCCUGAGAGGCAGCUUUGUGAGGCUUCACCGAACCCACCACCAUCUUGUCCUUGGUGCAGCACGGUGGGCUUCACCAGGUGGGUUGGGGUGACCAUUAGUGUCCCUGAAUAGGACCGUUGGGUGUUUGAUGUCCAGGCAAUAGGAGAGUUUCUAAGAGUGGGAAAGCAAUGAGUACCACAGCAGGCCUUAAGUUCCUAUCACCUCAACUCUCCCACUUUGUACCAAGCCACUCAGUAGCUACUUCUGGACCCUCCUCUUUCAAGCCUUUGGCAGGCAGCACCUUGUCUGCACUACCCACCCCCAUCAACAGAGGGCAGCAUUGUGCUGGUCAGUGUGGCUUGACAGAAAAACAAGGUGAUUUAGGCUCAUGGGGUUAGCAGUUUUUUUAAGAUCAAGACUUCAAGACUCCCAAGCUUCCAGGAGAGGAAUAAGGAGCUCAUUCUUCCUCAGACUAUCUGGACGGGAACUGCGUCAAGCACUGAUCCAGGUACUUCCAUGAUAUACAAGGAUGUCUGUUGUUGAUUGAGCAUCUGUAUAAGCAAAGGGAGCCACACGCUGAGCCAUUCCUAUAGAAUUUCACUUUACCAUGUUUUCCUACCAACCCCUUGAGAGGGUGUUAUUGUCCCCAUUUUCCAUAUUAUGGAAUGGAGUCCUUUAAAAGUCACAUACCUACCUGAAAACAACAGAACUGGGGACAACAGAGCUUGGAUUCUAGUCCAAAUUGUUACUACUGGAGUACAGAUUAUUUAUGCUUGUUCAAAACUGCCUCCUACUGAGAAUGAAGAGAAUUGCAGAGGAGAUCCGCGCUGGGGAGGGGAAGGACACUGGCAGCCAUGACACGUCUAGAUAACAUGAGGAGUUCUGCCCCUGCAGACCGCGGCCGUGAGCCAUCGGGCCUCAACUGGGAUGAAGACUUCGCUUUCCACGUCUUCCCCUUGAUCACAGUGAAUGACUCGGGAGUUAAUUAACUUGCGUCUUCCCAGCUCAACAGGCAGUUUGCAUAAAGCCAUUCCUAGAUGGGCUUUACAGCAGCUUUAAGAUUCUACUGCAGAAGCAUAGUGCACCUCUAGUUAUGGUUCUAACUUUGAGUGUUGUCCUCCUUCACAGCUCAUGGGGAAGGGUGGUCCCUGAUAGGAGAGACUUGAUUUUCUUAUACUGUUCAGAUUAAGCUCUAAUUAUCACUAGUGUUGCGAUCAGCUCUUUCUCUGAUAAAAACUUAGAAACAUUUCUUUUUUAUUUUUAUUUAUGUAUGU